UAUGGAUGUUUUUACUUAAAUACAUAAUAUUGACUAGUAUUUAUGGUUUGUUUUGUAAAGUACUACAACCGUACUAGCCUUGGCUCUUUUGUGCAGUUCCACCCCACACCACAGGCGGCAGCAGAAGCCCUUUCUAGUUCGCGGUUUUCAAGGCAGCUCCUAUCUCUGUCAGACCGGACCAAGUCACUGUCAACAAGGGGGCAAUCGUCAUAGAGUCCAUUGACCUAUGCCUACGAUUACUUUCUUAAGGAAUCCUCCUCCUGUGAUUAGUCACGUGAGAGCGCAUAAUAAGCAUGGAAACCCCCACCCGCGAAGUGGGCCGGCGCACGGAAGGACCGACUGUCGAGUGCACGGCAUGCUCGCACCCCCCCGCUCAGGCGCUGAAUGGUGCAGUCCACCUGCUGGGCUCCACCCGGAAGUUGUCGCGGCAGCGCACUGGCGGUGUUCGCUUCUCGGUGGGGUGAUCGGCGUUGCGCUGCGUCCUCGGCGCGCUGUGUCCCCGGGUCGGCCGGGUGCAUGGGUCCUCACGGCGAGGGCCGGGGCCGGGCUCGGGGGCGCUCCGGGGGCCUCCGCGGCGGCGUCGCCGUGUUCGCCGCCGUGGCCGCGGUGUUCACCGUCACGCUGCCCCCGUCGGUGCCCGGGGGAGACUCGGGGGAGCUGAUCACAGCCGCACAUGAGCUUGGAGUUGCCCAUCCUCCUGGCUACCCUUUGUUCACACUAGUGGCUAAGCUGGCGAUGACACUGUUGCCUUUUGGGACAGUUGCCUACCGGGUCAAUCUCCUCUGUGGCUUAUUUGGAGCAGUGGCUGCCGCAUUACUGUUUUUCACCGUUUUCAGGCUUUCUGGCUCGCGUGCCGGAGGAAUCCUUGCUGCGGGGGUGUUUUCAUUUUCGCGUCUAACAUGGCAGUGGUCCAUUGCAGCAGAGGUUUUUAGCUUAAACAAUCUGUUUGUGGGGCUGCUUAUGGCUCUUACUGUACAUUUUGAGGAGGCGGAAACUGCAAAGGAGAGAUCAAAGAUAGCUAAAAUCGGUGCUUUCUGCUGUGGCCUUAGUUUGUGUAACCAGCACACAAUAGUAAUCUAUGUUUUAUGCAUCAUACCUUGGAUUCUCUUUCAACUUUUAAAAGAGAAGGAGCUGUCCCUGGGAUCCGUGCUGAAGCUGAGUCUGGCCUUUUCAGCUGGUUUGUUACCCUACCUCUACCUCCCUGUCUCAUCCUACCUCAACCAGGCCCGCUGGACCUGGGGCGACCAGACCACAGUGCGCGGGUUUCUGACACAUUUUCUCAGGGAAGAAUAUGGAACAUUCAGCCUGGCCAAAUCUGAAAUAGGAUCCAGUAUGUCUAAAAUACUGCUUUCUCAAGUAACAAGUAUGAGGACAGAACUCUCACUCAAUAUUCAAGCCCUCGCAGUUUGGACGAAUGUAUAUUCAGCAAGAAAGGACAGACAGAAUUCAUCAUUAGUUUGGCUUUUUACUGGAAUGUUUUACAUUUACUCAUUGUUCUUUGCUUGGAGGGCAAAUUUAGAUAUUUCAAAACCACUUUUCAUGGGUGUGGUGGAACGGUUCUGGAUGCAGAGCAACGCCGUGGUGGCCGUCCUCGCUGGCCUGGGCUUGGCCACACUCACCUCUGAGACUAAGCGAGCGCUGAACAGCGGUGGGCUUCAGUGUCUGGAAUGGCUUUCAGCAAUUCUGUUUGUGGUUUACCAAAUGUAUUCUAAUUAUAGCAUUUGUGACCAGAGGACCAACAAUGUGAUCAGUACAUUUGCAAAGAACCUUCUAGACUCUAUGCCCCAUGAUGCAAUCAUCUUACUCAGAGGUGACUUGCCAGGGAACGCGCUCCGUUACAUGCACUACUGCGAGGGCUUACGGCCAGAUAUUUCAUUAGUGGAUCAAGAAAUGAUGACUUAUGAGUGGUACUUACCCAAGGUGGCAAAGCAUUUGCCAGGUGUCCAUUUUCCCGGGGACCGGUGGAAUCCUGUGGAAGGAGUAUUACCUACUGGAAUGGUCACAUUUAAUCUUUAUCGUUUUCUUGAAAUAAAUAAACAGAAAGACACAUUUGUUUGCAUAGGCAUUCAUGAAGGUGACCCAACCUGGAGAAAGAAGUAUUCACUGUGGCCCUGGGGAUCUUGUGACAAAUUAGUUCCUUCAGAGAUUGUAUUCAACCCUGAGGAGUGGGCUAAACUCACAAAAAACAUCUAUAACUGGACCGAAGAAUACGGAAGGUUUGAUCCAUCUUCUUGGGAGUCCGUGGCCAAUGAAGAGAUGUGGCAAGCAAGGAUGAAAACACCGUUCUUCAUCUUCAACCUGGCGGAAACCGUGAAUGUGCCUUUGGAUGUAAAAGCUCAGCUCUACACUCAGGCUUACAAUCUCUAUAAGGAGAUUGUCUAUUUACGGAAGGAACACCCAGUGAAUUGGCACAAAAACUACGCCAUCGCCUGUGAGCGGAUGCUGCGCUUUCAGGAGAGAGAUGCAGAUGCUGAAGUCCUGUUGUCUGAAACCAUCACACAUUUUCGUCUCUAUGCUCAAAAAGCACAGAAUGAUCCGCAGCUCGCUGAUAUUUUAGCUGCUCUCAAGGACCUAAGAAAAAAACUGCAAAGUCUGAGAAAUAUGAAAAAUGUCAGAGACAGCAAAAUGUGAAAAACCUGCUCAUCUUUCAGCUUCCAAAAUUCUGAAGUCCAAAAGUUUUUCCUUUAAGAAAAGAAACUGCAAACUAAGUUAUUGCCCAGAUAUAAGUAACCUGGGACAGCAGUACUGCCUGAUCAGGGUUGAGUGACCAAGAUGUAGUAUUCUGUUUAGCCUUUGUUACCGAAUUAGCAUUUCCAUGAGAAGCUUUAGAAAAGACCUCUUCCUACCUAGCACCACAGUCUUUCACCAAAUGAGGGUGCUUGAUUACACUGCAGAAGAGAAUGAGCUAUUUUCAUUUAUUUAAACUAUUGACCAUGAUUCUUUAAAGGACCGUGCUUUUGGGAUCCGCUUUAUAGGUUAAAUACUUAAAGUUUUCAUGCCAAAAAGAGUUUGUUUCCUGAAAGGGAAAUAGUUUCUUUUUUUUUUAAAGAAUGAAUCAUGUUUUGCUUCAAGUUUAGAAUUCUUUUUUGAAAAAAGAAACUGUCAUCGUUACAUGCAUCACACUGCAAGGUACACAGCAAGCAGGUAAUACCGUGAAAAGGUUUCAGCUGCGUUGUCUUAGAUAGUUCUCCACAUUCACUAAAAAGAAAAGCUAAUUUGAUGCACAGACUGGCAAGGAAAAAGCAUUUCAUGGUUACUUAAUUAAUUUUACCUUUAUAUUUUACUUCUAUUUGGACUCUCAAAUCUAGACCCAAUGAUUAGUAGGGUCCUGCUGCCCACAUGCAAAAACAGUGUGUGUGUAGGGGGUGGGGGAUGGGUUGUUCAAUGAAUUAAUUUCUGUUACAAGCAUCUUUUAUACCUGUUACUAAAGAGAACAUAGUAAGAAAUGCAAAUAAUAGUUCUUUAUUUAUUAUGACAGUUAAUUAAUAGCAACCUGUUUUAAUGAAUAAAGUCACUCAGAGUCCUUCAGUACUUCCUAAGUAGAGGCCCGAAUCUGUAGGGAUUCUUUCCCCCCAAUUGUGUGGCUCCUAGACUCCAGGCACUAUAUAGGCCCCUGUAUAGAAAUGCUCACUAAUGAAGAGGGAGGGCUAGAAGCUUGUCUGCAUUCAAAGAUCACUGGUGAGUCAUUCAGCAAGAAAAGGCCCCUUACCAGGAAUACUCACAGUUCCGUGGCAUUGUACUAGCAAAAGGGUCUGAUCAAAGGUCUCCUGCGGAGCUUGCAUGGUUCCCUUUCAUACUACGACCAUAAUUAAAACCACUAAUUCUCUUUUAAAAUGCUGCAGGAUGCCAUGUAGGCAUCUGUCUGGAGUGUCCUUUGUGAUGUCAUAAGCUGUUAAGGACCAGUGCCGAGGGCUUUUGAGCGAAAUGCCAGUCAUGAAGGUGCUUCAAGACAAGGGUGCCUCUAAAAGCUUGACAGGCCUUGACUGCACAAUUCGAGCUGAAUUUGCCCCUUGUCAGCUGCCAGUAAAUAAAUCUCAAAGGGGGAAAAGCUGAAGUUUCAUUACCUGAUCCAUGGGGCUUUGUUGGUUUUGGCAUCACACGGGGGAAGCUCUUGCCCCUCCAUUCUCUGCAUUUGAAGAUGUCCAUUGGAGCCUGCAGUGCCUGGACAGGGUUCAGAGCGGAACCUUUUGAAGAGUGUCAAUAGUUGUAACAGUUCAGCUGUUAGGAAGACAAAUAAAUGGAGGAGCUCAUUAAUCCGCUUUUGGCUCUCGGUGCCUUUUGCCCUUUUAUCACAGCCUUAUUAGGCUCCUACUCAUCUUGAACCAGAAAAAAAUGAAUUGAAGUUGUUGAGUACUAAUUGGCAAAGACUUUUAAUCAUGGGCCAAGAACUUUCACUGACUUGAAAGUAACUUCUCCACAGGGAAGAACCCCAAACCUGGGUUACCUUAAAACAAAAACCUGUUGGAGUUCAGUGUGGUGUAAAAAUUUAAGGAAGCGUUGAUAAAUUGUCUAAGUUUAUCCAUUUGAAAGAAAUUAUGGCAGAGUAUGAUUUCCACUUUUCUGGGGGGAAAAGGGUAAUAAAAUGCAAAUGGUCCUUGGUUGUAUGUUUUCUCUGUUGGCUCAGAAAAGAGACCGUAUGUGUGUGCGAGUUGACCUUGCUUGUUCUGAACAUCUACACGUGUGUGAAUAUUCAUCUGAGUACACGUAUGUGGUGUCUGAGGCACCUUAUUAAAAGUAGUAUUUCCUAGUCAUAGCCUCAAAAAUGGCAGUGAAGGCGUCUAUUUGAGAUAUCUUCUUUUUCAGUGUGUCUGCUAUGGAGCCCCACGUCUGAGUAGGCUUUGUGUAUUGACGAUUAUCAAAUGGUACAUGGAUUAUUAUGGAUUUGUAAGGCAAUCACUUUGGGCCACUCUCCUUGAGAAGGCAAUGAUAAAGUCCAAAGUAGGUAGGAUCGUAAUUAUAUUUAAAUUUCUAAAAAACCAUAGGCAAAUGAAAAAUAGUAAGCUGCACUGAGAGGUAGGGAUGUUGGGUUUUAUCUCUGUAUUAACCACUUUGAAGAAUCCUUUCCUUUGUAUGAUACUAAGUUGCUUUUUCCCGCUUUCGCUUGGCUGGUGCACGACACCAUAAAAUAGAAGGGGGUUCUUUCGUUUCACCUCCCCACGUUGAAGAGGAUGUGAAGAUGACUUCUCAUGCGGGAUUUGGCCAGCAUCCCCCGAGCAGUGUCCCAGGAGGGCUGUGGGUUGGCAGGAUGACAGGAACCCCACAAAGCCAACUUCUGCCUGGACUUUGGCCUGGGGAGCCAGUGGGAGCCAGCAGAACGGUCUGCCUUCCCACAUGCCGCAGCGCCCUGCUGCCCUGGCACGGGUCUGCCGAGACCGAGGGCAAGGGGAGGGCCCUGGCCUCAGCCCCGCCCAGCGAGCCCGGCUGUUUGCAUCCCCCCUGCCCAUGUGCAUCGUUCUUGGUGUCGCCUGUUCUUUUUUCUUUGUUUUCUUAAAAGGACCCAUUUCAUGCAGCAAAGUGGAAAGGAAUCAAUUACCAAUGUACUAUUUUGAAAACCUUACAAUAAAAACCAUGAAAUGUUA